CCCCGCAAUGCCUGCUGGGAGGUCCCGUGCAGUGAUGACGAAGGGGAACCCCCCGGGGGGUGGCUGCCCCCCCCCGCCGACAUCCGCCGCCUCUAUGAGCUGCUGGCGGGGGGCGUGGCCUCCAACCCGGGGGGCGUGGCCUCGGCCGCGGGGGGCGUGGCCUCCACCCCCGGGGGCGUGGCCUCGGCCAAUGGGAGCGCCGCUUCAGCCGCGGGGGGCGUGGCUUCCAGCACGGGGGGCGUGGUUUCGGGCCCAGGGGGCGUGGCCUUGCCCUCGCUCCGCCUCCGGCCCCGCCCCCGCCGCCUGCCCACGCCGGAGCCGGACAGCGAGGAGGAGGAGGGGCCUGUGGGGCAGCCCCAGAGCGAGGGGGAGGAGGAGGAGAAGCCUCCUCCCCCCACUGAGUUUGACUUCGACGAUGACCCCACACCCCCAAAACCUGCUCUGAUUGACAGACCCAGAGCACCCGGCUCUGGGUCCCACGGUCGCCGGCGCGAGGCGCGGCUGGAGAAGGUCCUGUCUGACCUGCAGCGGCACCGGCGGCUGGAGGAGCAGAUCCUGAGGACAGGCAGGGACCUGUUCCCUGAGCCCCCAAGGCACAGGAAGGCGUGAGGGAAACGGGUGAAAAUGAGCCGAAAUCCGACAAAAUGAGGCGAAAAUCGUUGAAAAUGACCCAAAAAUCGUCAAGAACGACACAAAAAUCGUUGAAAAUGACCCCAGAAUUCUCGAAAAUGGGCCAAAAAUCGUCCAAAAUGAGCCAAAAAUGGAUGAAAAUGACCCAAAAAUCGUUAAGAAUGACCCAAAAAUCGUUGAAAACUACCAAAAAUGGAGGAAAAUGACCAAAAAUCGUUAAAAAUGACCCAAAAAUGGGAGAAAAUGACCCAAGAAUCAUUGAAAAUGAGCCAAAAAUCGUUGAAAAUGACCAAAAAUUGGGAAAAAUGACCCAAAAAUCGUUAAGAAUGAGACAAAAAUAGCUGAAAAUGAGCUGAAAAUCGUUGAAAAUGAGGCAAAAAUCAUUGAAAAUGACCCAAAAUCGUUGAAAAUGACACAAAAAUCGUCAAGAAUGACACCAAAAUGGCUAAAAAGGACCCAAAAAUCAUCAAGAAGAACCUGAAAAUGGCUAAAAAUGACCCAAAAAUGGGGGAAAAUGACACAGAAAUCGUCAAAAACGACCCGAAAAUGGCUAAAAACGGACUGAAAAUGGGUAAAAAUGGGCUGAAAAUACGGAAAAACGGACCCAAAAAUGGGGAAAAACGGACCGAAAAUGGCUAAAAAUGGACCGCAAAUGAAUGGAAACACACUCAAAAUGAAUGGAAAUGGACCCAAAAUGGCUGAAAAUUACCCAAAAAUGGGUAAAAACGACCCAAAAAUGGCUAAAAACGGACUGAAAAUGGGUAAAAAUGACCCGAAAAUAGACAAAACCAGAGCAAAAAUGGCUAAAACCAGACCCAAAAUAGCUAAAAAUGGACUGAAAAUGGAUGAAAUGGACCCAAAAUGAAUGGAAAUGGACCCAAAAAUGGCGAGAAAUGACCCAAAAAUGCAUUGAAACAACUCAAAAAUGGCUAAAAUCAGCCCAAAAAUGGCUGGAAAUGGACCCAAAAUGCACCAAAACGGACCCAAAAUGGCUAAAAACGGACCUGAAACAGCUUAAAAUGACCCAAAAAUGGGUAAAAACAGAGCGAAAAUGGCUCAAAAUGGCUCAAAAAUGGCUCAAAAAGGACUGAAAAUGGGUAAAAACGACCCGAAAACGGCUGAAAAUGACCCAAAAUGCAUAGAAAUGGCCCCAAAACGCCUCAAACCCGCCCAAAAUGCCCCAAACUCAAUAAAAAUGUGACUCUUGGAGCGUU